AUGACCGGGCCGCGCCUCUCCAGAUCCUCCGACUUUGCUCAUUAUAAGCAUGAGCUGUCAAAGGCUUACCGGGCCCUUUGUGCGGGAAAACUACGAGCACUCUUAAGAGGUGCUUCGGUGUCGACGAGUAGUCAAAAGUUCCAACCAGCACAAGGCACCAAUUCACAAGAUCCUGACGCGUGGCUUGUCUUCCUUCCUGCCUUCCUUCCUGCCCUCCCUGCCCACCCAGCCAUUCUUCCGUGCCACGUGCAAGACCCAACCGCCGGAGCCUUGCUGGCGCGGGUGGGCACUGCCUCUCUGCCCCCUGCUGUAGGCCGCCCCCCGCCCACACGCCCAAAGGUGACCCAGUGGGGAGGCCCUUCUCACGCCCUCCCCUCCAGGUGUAGGCGCGGCCCCAGCUGGCUCUCCCGGGGGUGUCACAGCUGGAUCACCACUGCACCCACUCCAGCAGGCAUGUGGCCCUGCCAAGGCGCCCCUGAAUCGCCCCAGCACGCCAAGACAAUGAGGGGACCACCAGCAAGGCGACCACGCACCGACCACCAAAAGUUCAUUAAAGUUUGCAAGCCGCGCCUCUCAUUGGUGGAGGCGCGCCAGGAGGCGUGGCUUCAAUGUGCAAAAUGCCGGAGUGGUCUCAAGCGCAGAUCUUGUGUGUGUUGGGCAUUUUGGAUAAAUAAAUGGACUCUAAUUGUGCGCCUCAGUGUUGUCAGGGAGGUGGCCGGCCAGUGGUGCGGGGCGCGCGUGCUCCCUCACUUGAUUCCCGUCGGCGCCUCACUCAGGCCGCCGCCGCAAGCCACCCGCCGCCCGCCCGCCGCUGGGCCGCCGUUUUGUGCCGCCGGAGUAAUCACGUGUCCGGGUACAGCCUCCUGCAGCCUUCCCCCGCCGCGGCGCACCCUGGUAUGUAAUCAGCCGCGGGCUGCCUGGCCAGGGCUGCACAACCCUUGGCCUCACCGCCGCGCCGCGCCUCAGUCUCCUGCAGUAGUGAGGCGCCACGGGGAUACUGAAAAGAAGCCCAUGCAAUACAGCCCCAUGGCCGCCGCCGAGGACAGCCCGCCGCCAUUCGCGUCUAGCAAGAUGCCUGAGGGCGUGGCAGUGGCCCGGGUGCAGGGUGGCGUGGGAGAGCAGGCCGUGCCUCUCCACAGGGCCCUCACGGACGCCCUGCAAAGGAGACUGAGUGCUGAGGGCGAUGAGGACACUGAUGUUCCUAGACACACGUCUCCACAGGAGCCCCACGCCUCAGCCCUGCCGCCCUCCCCGCCACCACACCCACACCGACCCCCAAGCUCCAUGCGGCGCACCCCAGACCGCAGCCCAAGACGGAGCCCCACCGCCCACACGCCCGAGGAGGACCGGCCGCCCAGUCCCGCCGCCCACACCCAUACCCGCAGCAGGGCGCCCCUCGCCUUCUCCAUCGACAGGAUCAUGGAGCCCACGCCCAAGCGGGUCAAGGUGACGGAGGUGACCAAGGCUGCCUCCCCAACCCCUACCCCAGUACGACCCUUAGUGGCAAGACGACCCCUGGACCCCAACACCUUCCACGACCCCCACGCCAGUCUGCGAGACCUCCACGACCCAAGACUGGCGGGGCUGAGGGCACUGUACGACCACCACCACCACCACCACCCCCCUCUCCCCCAGCAGCAGGGGCGAGCCAAGGAACUUCUACACGACCCCCGCGCCAGGGACCUCCUCGCCCACUACCCCUUCCUCUACCACUACUACCAGGCUGGAGGUGUCUUUCCCUCCUCCAGUGCCUCUGACAGACCCUCCCCCUCCGCCUCCACCACCUCGCAGCCCGCGCCGCUACCCCCGCCGCCCGCUGCCGCCCACCUCAGCCCCGCACCCGCCCACAGACUCACGCCCCACGCCCUCUCAGCUUUCACACGCCUCGACCUCCUGAAGGGGCGGACGCAGGCGCAGACGCAGACCUCUCCCGCCCCUUCUCUCGUCUACACCUCCGCGACGACGAAGGCCACAUCAGACUCCCCAGUACCACGCCCCUACGACCUCUCCAUGACGGGUCCCGCUGCCCUCUCCCGCACCACCAUCGCCACCACCACCACCACAACCACCACCACCACCUGCACCACCACGCCACCCUCCCCCGCUCGCUCCUCCUCCCCGAGAGUACCCGAGGAGACCAGACCCCGCUCAUCCCCAGCCACAUCCCCAGCCCCUCCAUACAUCCCUCUCCCUGCCCCGGGAGUGGGAGGGGCGGGGAGGCCUGGAGAUGGGGGUGCAGGGGGUGUUAGUCGUCCUGGGCCCCCUGUCACCGCCCCCAGCUCACCUCCGUCCCCCCAGACAGCCAAGCCCCUCAGCGUCACAUCACCGCCCACACCAGCAACCAGAGGAAUACCCACGCCCUCCCCCGCCCACACCACAUCCCCAACCACGCCCGGCAGCACCAGCCUCGCCACCAUCGCCACGAACACGCCCGGGGUGGUGGUGGCGGAAGUGGUGGGCGCCAAGAAGGGUGUGGGCGUGGUGGGCGGGAGCGGGGGUGGGGGUGUGGGUGGGGGAGUGGGUGUGGGCAAAGCGCAGAAGACGUUUACAUGUCCUGAAUGUGGCAAGAUUUUCAACGCACACUACAACCUGACGCGCCACAUGCCUGUACACACUGGCGCCCGCCCUUUCGUGUGUAAGGUGUGUGGCAAGGGGUUCCGCCAGGCGUCCACGUUGUGCCGCCACAAGAUCAUUCACACCUCGGAGAAGCCGCACAAGUGUCAGACGUGUGGGAAAUGUUUCAACAGGUCCUCCACGCUCAACACGCACGUCAGGAUCCACCAGGGCUACAAGCCGUUCGUGUGUGAGUUCUGCGGCAAAGGCUUCCACCAGAAGGGCAACUACAAGAACCACAAGCUGACCCACUCUGGCGAGAAGGCGUACAAGUGCCACGUGUGCAACAAGGCCUUCCACCAGGUGUACAACCUCACCUUCCACAUGCACACCCACAACGACAAGAAGCCCUUCCAGUGCUCCAUCUGCGGCAAGGGAUUCUGCCGCAACUUCGACCUCAAGAAGCACAUGCGCAAACUGCACGACAACUCGCCCUACACGUCCUCGUCGCCCUCCGUGUCGCCCGUGGCCGAGGGCGCCUCGCACGCCGGCUCCUCCACGGUGCCCCUACCGCGACAGUUCUCGGUGCUGCCUUCACUGGUGGGCAGCACCGCCUCGCUGCCCACCAGCAUGGCAGCCCUCACCUCGCUCUCGCACUCCCCCCACAACAUGCCGCCGCCCCUGCCCUCCCACUUCAUGAACCCCUUCCUCAUCGCGCCGCCCGCGCUGCCUGUUGCCUCGGCCGCGCCCUACCUGCACAAGAUUCCCUCCCUGCUGGGCUGAUGGCUGCUGCUCGCCCACCUAGCCGCUGCCUCCUGACGGGCAGGUCACGGCGGCCAGGUCGUCCCUCACGUCAAGCCAAAGACACUUCGUUCCCGCACCGGUGGGCGGCCCGCGCCCCAGAUACCAGUGCCCGUCAGCCUCUAGUCCCCCGCUGUCUCGUGGGCGCGGGGUGGCCGGGCACCACCGCCCAUCCUUGGGCUUCAUUUCAUAUAAUAUCACUCCCGACCACCCGCCCCGCCCCGCUCCGCCCCGCCCUGCCCUGCCCCGCCCGUCUCCCAGUGCUCAAGACAGUCCCUGAGUCGCCGCCGCCGCUCCUCACCCGGACACUCGCUGAGUUACAGAAGCAGCUCGCCUCUUGGCUGUGAUGAGCGGCAUGGGAGGAGCGGCCGGUGAGGGGCGGGACCCCACGUGUGCGCGGGGAGGGUGGGGGCGGACAUGGCUGUAGCUGUUCCCGCCGCCCCGUGACUCCCUAGCGUCAGGUUGUUAUGUCGUCAGCUGUUCCCUUGCCACGUCUAGUCAGCCGCGUCGUCACGUGACCCUGUACAUACUGUGCAUAGCCCUCAGUGUGCCUCAUGUAUCAUAUACAUGACGGAUGCAUAGACCCUCAGUGUAUAUACCAGACAGUGUCCCAGGCGCCACGCCGCCCUGGCCCGCCGCCCACGCCCCGCGCACACACACAUACACACACACACACACACACACACACACACACACACACACACACACACACACACACACACACACACACACAUACACACACACUUCUACAAUCAUGUUAGCCGGAUCACCUAUACACGAGCGGCGCGUCCAGCCACUCCAUCCUGUGUGCCAGUCCCGGUGAUAACGACCACAAGCCAGGCAGGAGCCAAUCACGGCGAGGAUUACCUGUGACGUCACUAAUCCAAACACUCGCCCUCCACCAAUCCCGAGGCGAUGUCCAGCCGACACUACCGACCAGCCGGCCAAUCAGGUCACGGCGACUCGCUCCCCAGGACACCACGCGACGAGGACCAAGAACCACCACUGAACACACACACACACACACACACACACACACACACACACACUAAACACACAACUAUCACACAAAACACCCAAUCCUCACUCCCCGGGCCAGUUUGCAAAAUAAAAAGUGAUCACAUCCA